GUCACACUGUCUAUUUAUUUUAUUGGCUCGUAUUGCUUGGCUUACUGAUUACAUGCGAGUUGGGUUUUUGAGUAGAAAUUUUUGUGGGUUACAGAGCACAUGACGUUCGCUACAUGCCACAGUCGUGCGUGUACACUGCUGCGAAUCACUAUUAACACCAAGUAGCGCGUAUAGAGUAAACUUGAUAGCACCUCGAGUACAAUAUUAUUAUUUCACGUAAAUUUUCGAGUAUAAAUACGCGUGCCUUUACUAGCGGUACUUCAGUACGACAAGCGUUACGCUGCUGAGUGGACGCAUCGAGCGCUUGAAUCGAAGUCAAUAGGAAGUGCGUGUGUGUAUAAUUUUGUGAAUUUUCAAACGAAGCGCAGAAAAUACGAAAUUUUUUACGACAAACUUUUUCGAUAGUUGAACCUUUUUUUUUGAGAAAUAGAAAUAUUAUAAACGAAACAUGGCUAUACCUUUCUACGAGCCACGGCAGCAGCCCUCAACUGAGUGUGAUCAAAUUGACGGACAUUUUCCGCCAGCACCGAGCAGUCAGUCCGUGCCAUUGCCGACGGCAAAUCUUAGUGCGCCAAUGCCCACAAAUCAAGCGUCGACUAGCGGAAGUACAGCAGCGCCUAUAUUAGUAGCCACUGCUACACCAACGGCUUUUUCCAGUGCGUUCACAACUGCUUCGGCAACACUUCCAAAUUCUGUAAAUGCCAGUUCAAGCGCGUCUUCGAAUUUAAUUCCUGGCACUACCGCAGCCACAGCAACUUUUUCGAUUUCAUCUACAAAUCCAGCCACCGCCGCUUCCUUGUCGUCUAAUUCGCAUUCUAACAGUUCCUCCGAAACUUCACAUCCGUCUUCAGCCGCUUCCACGUUGGAGCCGCUACCUUGGAAGCUGCUUGCUGUGGCUAUGUGCAAAGCUUUAAAACAAUAUUACCAACAAACUGGUUCCGCAGACGUUUUCACCACCGCUGUCAUCGAGAUAUCGCCCAGUGGUGUUGUUGGUGGUGCACAAGAACAACCGUCAGCUGCCGGCAAUUAGAGAUUUGCUAAUCGAAAAGAAGUUACUACAAUUUUACGUUCCUGGUCGAGGGGUCAAAGGCAUUUCAUGUGCCCAGUGUACUGUGUGGUAAAGCUCCGGAAAAGCGCAAUUGUGAUUAUGAGAAACUCCGAAAAUUUGACGGAUUCCGAGAAAAAACUAUAUAAUAUUGUAUGUCCGUCGGUAAAAUGCUGAUUUAGCGGAGCUCAGAAGCUAUUUUAUGAGAAAGCAAAUUAUUGCAAUGAAUUGUGAGAUAUAAGCAUAAUUGUGAUAGCGUUUAUGUUUUAAGAAUGAAAAGUUUCAUUAGAUUUAAUUAAGAACUAAGCAAAAUAAUUAAAAUAAAGCUAGCAUAGAUUUUUGUAACUAAAUUAUGAAAUAGCAUAAUUUUUGAUGAGGUUUACAGAAAAAAUUUUCACACUUCAAAUAUAUUCGAAAUCUAAAAUAUAUUUUUAAUUUUUAUUUUUGAAAGUUAAUUUAAUUUAUCACAGUGUAGUCUCAAAAAAUUUUCCACAGGCUAAUAAAAGCUUGGGCUUAUGUUAAAAAAAUUAAUUUUAGACAUUUAAUUGGCGCCAAUAAUUCCAAAAGAACUGACACCUAAUUUUUAAGAUACUAUGUAUGUUUAUUUAUAAGUAAGAUUAUUUAUGACCUGAAAUUUAAUAAAAACAAAGUAUUGAAAAUUAAACUCUUGUGUUUCAAAAAUUCUUUUAAUUUUAAUUGGGCGUUUAAUACAUAUUUGAAAAUAAAAAUUGCAACGUUUU